CAUGUUUACCUUUGCGACUGCUAUGCAAAGUCAGAUCUGCACGAGGGACAUAUUCAACGGGAUUUCUUAGCAAUACUUACCUGAAUGGAUAGAAUUUGGCAGGUAUUGAAACGUAUAACCGAAAAGCAUUGGGUGCUUGUAAGCCUGACAGUUUUCCUUCAGUUCCUAAGUCAGAAAGUCUUAGCUUCCACGACAAACAGUACAGGUUCUGUUAUUGGUAGUUUAGAUCCGGUCACUCCUGACGAUGCUACAUGGAUUUUAACUUCAUCUUUUGUCAUCUUUACUAUGCAAACAGGAUUUGGGCUUUUAGAAUCUGGAGCCGUGACCAAAAAGAACGAAGUUAAUAUCCUAAUGAAAAAUGCUGCAGACGUCGUUCUUGGAGGUCUUUCGUAUUGGAUGUUUGGCUACGGUUUUCAAUAUGGUAGAGGACCAGGCACAACAUUCUUUUGCGGAAUCGGCUCCUUCUUCUUGGAUUCAGAACCUCAAACUAUGGGGGUUGUAUUCGCCACUUUCAUUUUCCAACUUUCAUUCGCUACAACUGCUACAACAAUUGUUUCCGGCGCUAUGGCGGAGAGAACAGAUUUCCAUGCUUAUUGUAUCUUCUCGUUCUUGAAUACACUGACGUACUGUAUUCCAGCAGGCUGGUUGUGGGCCGAGCAUGGAUUUCUGAAACGACUAGGAGCUCUCGAUUUCGCUGGUUCGUGUGCGGUACAUCUGACAGGGGGUGUUUCCGCCUUGGUAGCUGCAAUGAUGCUAAAGCCCAGAUUAAGGAGAUACGAUAGCGGUCCAGAACCAUUACCAAUGGGAAAUCCAGGGAAUGCCUUGGUAGGAACUUUUACUUUAUGGUGGGGAUGGUUAGUAUUUAAUUGUGGAAGCUCUUUUGGAAUAUCAGGUGACAAAUGGCACUACGCUGGGAGGUCAGCUGUAAAUACAAUCAAUGCUUCAUUAGGUGGUGGCCUGGCUGGACUCAUUUACUCGUAUACCAGAAAUAAGCUGUUUGUUGUAAGCGAUUUGAUUAAUUCUAUAUUAGGAGCCCUCGUUGCAGUAACAGGCCAUUUCAUUUCAGCUGGUUCAGGAUUUCUUCGAUCUUGGGAAUCUCUAGUUGUUGGAGCUUUAGGAGCUAUCCUGGUGAAUAUGGUGGCUCCCUGCUUGGAUAGACACCGAAUCGACGAUCCCGUUGGAGCCGUGGCUGUGCAUGCCAUGGGUGGUCUCUGGGGAAUGAUAGCUGUUGGCCUGUUCAUCGACAACGACAGUCUUUUGAACCUUACCCACGGCAGAAGUGGUUUGUUUAAAGGAGGCGGUUUCUAUCUCCUGGGGGUUCAGAUUCUCGCUUGUUUCGCUGUUAGUGUUUGGAGUAUGACGACAACAUUCCUGAUACUAAAGAGUAUCAAUUACUUCGUACCCAUUCGUUUGGCCCCACCAGAAGAAAUUCUAGGAGCCGACUUCGUAGAGCACGAUGUUAGACAUGAAGGAUAUGAUUAUGAAGUCAUGAUGACAGAAUUAGAACGUUUAGGAUUAAAACUGCGCCAUCCACGAGUUCACAGUCCACCGAGAAGUCAAUGGGAUGAUCAUUUAAUUUUACAGUAUAUUGAAAAAGUGUUGGUGAAAUGCGAUUCCUCAACAGAUCCUUCAGCACCAAGCAUCGUAGCACAAGAACAUUUUUUUAUUCGUGGAGGCCGUCGUGCGGAUGGCUGUUUAUUAUCCUAAUGCUUAGUUUUCCAAAAUGAAAAAAUAAUGCUGUUGUGAAAUCAGUUGGUAUGAUUCCAUGUAAAAAAGCUUUUAGUCAUAAAUAGUAAUGACCCUUUUUCAUGAAAGAAAUCAUCAUGAAAUAGUUCAUCUUUUAUAUCUAUAUGAGCAAGAUUUUUAUGAAAAUAAUUCCUGAACUGGAAAUAUUGCAUCAAUUUGCUAGAUUUGAAUAAUAAUGACCUUUAUUUUUAUAUUCACUUGUGUUUUAAACCCUGAUG